CCUCAGUUACAGAAAGUGGCCGCCUCUCUGCUGCUGUCGACCCAAAGCUCACAGACUCACUCGUUGCCUAGACCCGCCAUCUUGGAGUCAGAGAACUGAGAGUCGGCAGCAGCUACGAGAGAGCGCAAAAGGGGGACACGGGGCCAAGGCCUUUCACAUCUUCUGAACUGACAGUUGUGAUUGGAGAUAAUGAGGAUAUCCAUAUCCCACAUUAGAAAGUGAGUAUCCCUACCUAGUAGGGCCUACAGGUCUCAGUCCUCCAUGGCGUCUGGGGCUGGGCAGGCAGAAGCCGGCGAUGGGGCAGCAUGGUCGUCAUCAGGCCUGGCCAAGCCUCUUCACCUUCAGCACCUGGAGAGAUCCCUACGCCUUGACAGCUUCCUCCGCCAGACCGCCUCAGUCUUCAACAGAGACCUAUCCAGUGAUGACAGCGACGAUGGCGGAUUAGGGGAGGGGCCUUCUCUGAGGCCGGUCAAUCAGCACGCAGCCUUGGCGAUAAAAGAGGAGUCAUGUGACCUGGAUGAGGAGGGGCUUGUUACCGAGGGCACCAUCCUCAACGGAACUCCAUCACAAGAACACAAGGAAGACAAAGCCAGUCUAUACAACUUCUCCAAACUGAAGAAGAGCAGGAAAUGGCUCAAGAGUAUCCUGUUGAGCGACGACACCAGUGAGUCAGACACAGAGGACUCUGACUUCAGUCUGUCCAGAGAAGAGCUACAGGACAUGCUCAGACUACACCAGUUCACCAGGGAGCACCAGAACAAGUUCCACAACGACAGAGAGCUGCAGCAGUAUCAGUACUAUAGUACGGGACUGCUCUCCUCCCAUGACCCUUUCCACGAACAACAGCGCCACCUGCUGGGCCCCAAGAAGAAGAAGAUCAAGGAGGAGAAGAAAUUCAAGGGCAAGUUGAAGAAGGGCAAAAGGAAAAAGAAGAGAGGGGAGGGGGAGUUCUCAGGCGAGGGGCGGCCGCAUGUCACCAAGAUCUUCGCCAAGUUUUCCCAUGACGCCCCUCUUCCCAUGUUGAAGAAGAAACACCUGACCGUAGAGCAGCUGAACGCACGACGACGCAAAGUCUGGCUCACCAUCGCCAAGAAGGAGUGUCCCAAGGCCUUCAAGCAAAAAGCAUCAGCCAAGAACUUCGUCCUUACCAAUGCCAAAAAGCUGGCCCACCAGUGUAUGCGUGAGGUACGUAGGGCAGCCAUCCAAGCCCAGAAGAACUGUAAAGAAACCCUUCCCCGGGCCAGGAGACUGACCAAGGAGAUGACUCUCUACUGGAAGAAAUAUGAGAAGGUGGAGAAGGAACACAGGAAGAGAGCAGAGAAAGAGGCUCUGGAGCAACGCAAACUGGACGAGGAGCUGAGAGAGGCGAAGCGUCAGCAGCGUAAGCUGAACUUCCUGAUCACCCAGACAGAGCUGUACGCCCACUUCAUGGGGGGCAAGGGUCCCGGGGAGGAGGAUGGGGGAGAGGAGGACAUUCUCAACAAGCUGGACGACACCAACUCUCACAGGCAGAUGACCAUCGGGGGAGGGCUGACGGUCAACGUUGGACAGGAGGACUAUGAUAGUGAAUACUACAAGUCUCAGGCCUUAAGGAAAGCUAAAGAAGCCUACGAGAUACACCAGGCCAGAACACGUCUCUUUGACGAGGAGGCUAAGGACAGUCGCUGUGCCUCCCUGCACCAGGCCAGUGGGGGGUCGGGGUCAGGGUUCGGGGAGAGCUACAGCCUGUCUAACCCUUCUAUCCAGGCCGGAGAGGACAUCCCCCAGCCAACCAUCUUCAACGGGAAAUUGAAGGGAUACCAGCUGAAAGGCAUGAACUGGCUGGCUAACCUCUACGAACAGGGUAUCAAUGGUAUCCUAGCAGAUGAGAUGGGCCUGGGGAAGACUGUCCAGAGCAUUGCUCUGCUGGGUCACCUGGCUGAGCGGGACAACAUCUGGGGUCCGUUCCUCAUCAUCUCUCCUGCCUCCACACUGAAUAACUGGCACCAGGAGUUUACACGCUUUGUCCCCAAAUUCAAGGUUCUGCCGUACUGGGGGAACCCUCACGACCGCAAAGUGAUCAGGAAGUUCUGGAGCCAGAAAACCCUGUACACCCAGAAUGCUCCGUUCCACGUGGUGAUCACCAGUUACCAGCUGGUAGUUCAGGAUGUCAAGUACUUCCAAAGGGUCAAGUGGCAGUACAUGGUUCUAGAUGAAGCCCAGGCCCUAAAGAGCAGCACCAGUGUUCGUUGGAAGAUCUUGCUGCAGUUUCAGUGUAGAAACAGACUGUUGCUCACUGGAACGCCCAUACAGAACACUAUGGCAGAGUUAUGGGCCCUGCUCCAUUUCAUCAUGCCUACGUUGUUUGACUCUCACGAGGAGUUUAAUGAAUGGUUCUCUAAAGACAUCGAGAGCCAUGCAGAGAACAAGUCUGCCAUCGACGAGAAUCAGCUGUCCAGGCUCCAUAUGAUCCUGAAACCCUUCAUGUUGAGGAGGAUCAAGAAGGACGUCGAGAACGAGCUCUCUGACAAGAUUGAGAUCCUAACAUACUGCCAGUUGACGUGUAGACAGAGGCUGCUCUACAGAGCUCUGAGGAACAAGAUCUCCAUCGAGGAUCUUCUCCAGUCGUCUAUGGGCUCAUCUCAGCAGGCUCACAGUACUACCUCAUCCCUUAUGAACCUGGUCAUGCAGUUCAGAAAGGUCUGUAACCACCCGGACCUGUUUGAGCGCCAGGAGACUCGUUCUCCCUUCCACAUGUCACUGAGACCCUACGUCAUGUCCAAGUUCCUCUACCGCCACGGACUCACACACACCACCACGCACACACACAGCAGGAACAAGGUGCUCCAGGUUCUACUGUCUCCCUUCUCUCCUGAUCAUAUCCACCAGUCCCUCUUCCACAGGAAAGGUGAUCAGGCAGGAAGUUGUUUCUCCUUCCUGCGUUUCAUUGACGUUUCGCCGGCAGAGAUGUUUAACGUCAUGCUGCAGGGCACUCUGGUCAGGUGGUUAGCUCUGUUUCUCUCCCUGAAGGCAGCGUACCGGCUCUACCAGAGACGCAUGUGGGGCCUGGAAGAGGAGGAGGGUGGAGGGAGGAUAGGAGGAGAGGAGGAAGGGAGCGGGAGGCCCAGGAGUCAGUGUCUCUCUCGGAGGGGUCUGAUCCUCUGGCUGGACCGACCUACUGCUUUCCCCAACACACACACAAGCACAGUGUUACAGAACCUGGUAUUCACCCGUCACAGCCCAGGUCUGAUGGGUCACUGUGAUGUUCUGGUCCACAGUCGAUGCUCUGCCAACUCCACCACCUUACGACCGGGCCAACCCACACAACCACCCAAGUUCCUGCUCACCGCUGUGCCAAGGGUUACGGCGGUUCCCAUGGAGCGGUACUGUGACGACCGCAGCGCUGAGUACGAGUGGCAGGAGACGAGGGCCGGAGGGGGCAUGGCCGCCAAGCACUGCUUCCUGUACGGCUCCCUUGAUCUGGCCUCUGAUUGGAUGUCCCGAGCCAACACUUUCUACCCACGAUGCCCUGGGGGAGUGAUGGCGCUCUACCCCCGGCAUGGCUGGUCCUACAUCAGAAUACCAGACAAGGAGACCCUGAUCACGGACAGUGGGAAGCUGCACACUCUGGACCUGCUGCUGUGCCGCCUGAAGACUCAGGGACACCGCGUCCUCAUCUACUCCCAGAUGACUCGCAUGAUCGACCUGCUGGAGGAGUACAUGGUGUAUCGUAAACACACCUACAUGCGUCUGGACGGCUCCUCCAAGAUCUCAGAACGCAGAGACAUGGUGGCUGACUUCCAGAGCAGGACUGACAUCUUUGUGUUCCUCCUGAGUACGAGGGCUGGAGGUCUGGGCAUCAACCUGACUGCUGCUGACACUGUGAUCUUCUAUGACAGUGACUGGAACCCUACAGUGGACCAGCAGGCUAUGGACAGAGCUCACCGCCUGGGUCAGACCAAGCAGGUCACUGUGUACCGUCUGAUCUGUCAGCUCACUAUAGAGGAGAGGAUACUGCAGAGGGCCAAGGAGAAGAGUGAGAUCCAGAGGAUGGUGAUCUCUGGGGGGAACUUUAAACCAGACACCCUGAAGCCUAAAGAGGUGGUCAGUCUGCUGCUGGACGAUGAGGAGCUGGAGAAGAGACUGCGCGUUCGUCAGGAAGAGAAGACACAACAGGAGGAGUGCAGCAAGGUGAAGGACCGCAGGAGAAAGAGAGAGAAAUACGCUGACAAGAGAAAGAAGGAUGACGAGGACCCUAAGGAUCCUAAGAGGAGGAAAGACGUGAACCUGGUCAUCCCUUACAACCUCUCUGCAGACAACUCUAACCUCUCAGCCGACGGAGAUGAUUCAUUCAUCAGUGUAGACAUGGACGACUCUGCCAUGCCUAGUCCCUUCAGUGAGAUCUCUCUGAGUAGUGAGCUCCAGCCCAGCUCCCUACCUCCAGACCAGGACCCAGACCAGGACCCAGAUCCAGACCAGGAUGAGAGCAGUAGUGACAUGCUAGUCAUCGUAGACGACCCUGUGUCUUCAGCACCACAGUCCAGGGCCACCAACUCGCCUGUCAGCGUGUCCGGAUCUAUGUCGGACAACAUGAACGGUGUGUCUAAUCAGGACACGUCCAGCCCGGGGCGGGGAAGGUCUGGUAGGAGCCGAGGACGACCCAAAGGCUCUGGGUCCAGUUCUGGAGGCGGAGCCAAGUCUGCAGGGAAGGGGCGUGUCAGGAAGUCGACAGCGGGCAGCGCAGCCGCCAUGGCAGGAGCGAUGGCCGGAGCUGCAGCAGCCUCAGCAGCCUACGGAUACAGUGUGACUAAAGCGGGUCUCCCUGCAGCCUCCCCCCUUCAGCCGUCUCUGGGUCGGUCAGGGACGGCCCCAGCCUUCUCCCCCAGCAGAAGUUCCUCUCCCAAGGGUAAAGGUGGCACUGUGGCCCCCAGCCAGAGUAACCCCCAGCAGAAACAACCAGGACAUAGCCACCACCACAGUCAUGUGACAGGAAGGAAGGGCAAGGGACCUGGCGCACCUGGCACUCGAUAGCAUGUAGAGAUGAUGGACAUCAACACAGUAUACACACACACACACACACACACACACACACACAGUCCUAAGGAUCUGAUAGAGACCAGGAUGGUCCAGCCCUUCUGCUAUUGUGGGGGGUCUUCUGUGUUUUAAACAAACACAUCUGCUGCACUGACCAGCUUCAACUGUGAGCCCAUGUGACCUGCUCCACAACCAAUCAACCCAGAGGUGAGAUGUUCCUUAACCAAUCACAUACCUCACUGCCUGGAGGACCAUGCUAUCCCGGGAAGGCGUAGCAACGGAACAAAUGAGCACUGUCGGGCAUGAUGGACACUAAACUAUUCUGUGUGUACACACACACACAAACCAUCAUCGCAAGGUCCAAAAGACACCCUCAUCGCUUCCACCAAUCACCUCGUCCUUCCCUUCCAACAAUCACCUCUUCCUUCCAUUAGUACCCUCCUCAGUGGACAGCCUCCAGUGUGUGUGUGUGUGUGUGUUGUGACCAAGAGUAUUAGAGUAUUUCAAAGUGGUUUCUCUGUGACGAAAAUAGACUUUGUUUUCUGUCUAAAUACGGAGAAGCGACUAGCCUGAGCAGCAACCUGUCAGUGUUGUAUUGUAUUCCUUUGACACUCAGUGGGUUUGCAGUAAAACACCAGCAGACAGACGGGCGCUCGGGCUUUAAGGCAACACCUUACAGCAACGAUGCAUCCACGCAUUUAAGGGUUUCUGACACAGACUGCUCUCUCCACUGAGCCAUCUCAUCUGUUAGAUAAAACACGUGUUGAGCGUUCGGUCGGGAAUUCUUGCGUCAAACGUUUGUCAUAUGUGUAAAACACGUAGUAAUGCUGGAAAUACUCUUCUCUGCGUUUCAACAACAGAAUGUAAAUUCCUACCAAACAACUAAAAACGGACUGCUUUUUUAAUUAUAGCUCUUAUUUUUAUAUUUAUAGACCAACCGAUGUUGUCAUAGCGACCCAUAUCAAAAUGGCAAAUUUGAAUACCGUUUUGAAAAAAAAAGCCUCUCUCUCUCUCUCUCUCUCUCCUUUCUCCAUAGAGUUUAUCCCAUCACAAUGAGAAAUGAAGGAAUUAUAAUAUAUAUUUUUUCUGAUGAGAACUGAUUGAAGGGGUAUUUUGAAUUCCAAAGUGGUGAUCACUGCUUAAUAAAGAUCUGUUGCUGAUCUGUUUGUGUACAACUCUCGUGUGCUUCUGAAAUGACACCCUGUUCACUGUACUGUACCCUACUUCUUGAUUCAACUCUGGCCAAAAGUAGUACACUAUUUCAGGAAUAGGAUGCCAUUUCAGUUGCAACCUAAUAUGGGUGUCCUUUGAAACUUAACAUGGAUUGUAAUAUGAACCAUAGAACUGAAGUUAAUUUAAAAGUUGGUAAUAAUUUAUCAGAAUUCAUGUCAACAUUGUAAAAAAAACCAAAUUGUAUUGAUGCCAUUUUUAUUUUUAAAAACAGAAAGAGAAAAAAAAAAAGUUAUACUUCUUCUGAUCAGUCUGUUGUGUUUGUGAUGUCAUUCAGUGAUGUUUUGGGGUAUGUUGACUCAUGUUAAUUAAAAGUUGUUGAACUAGGGUUGCCAAAUCCUGGUAACUUUUCCACAUUUCCCGAUUUUUUUUUUUUUUUUAAUUUUUUUUUUUUAAUUUAUUUUUUCCCCCAGAAGUACCGGUUGGAGGGUUCUCUGAAUUUCUGCUUUGUCAUUCCCUCGUAAGGAUUUCUAGAAAAACGGGGAAUUUUGGGAAAGUUAGCGUAAUUGUGCAACCCUAUGUGGAACCAAGCACUAUGUCUAGUUUUGAACAUUUGUUCUGUGUUGGAUACUAUAGUGUGAUGAUGAAAUCUCUUCUCCUAUAACAUGUAAAUAAAAAUUGAGGGCGACAUGUGUUGACCCCUGGUUGGUUCUUC